AUGAGCGACAUCUCGGAACACAGCACGAACCGAAGCGUGGGUACGUAUCAGCACGACUUGAUCCAAGCGUCGCUGCUGUACGAGUGGAAGCUGCAGUCCAAGCAGACGGCUACUGACGGCUAUUACAACAUUGCCGUGGCGCGAGAGCAUGUCGAUCAGCCAAGGCCAGUGCGCGCACUCUACACGCCUCUACAACCCACGACUGUACGCCCGCCUUUCCGAAUCCCGAGGGUCAGGCUCGUGAUCGCCGUUGCAGCAGCAAUCGCGUGUACCGCUGUGGUCCUCGACAAUCUUCGACACGCCUUGGGUCGUUUCCGCGGACAUGAGGAGAAUACGUGGUCGAGCAAUGCAUCAGUGGCCUCCACCGAGCUCCCUGUACAUGUGCGUCCCGCUGACUACGAGGCAUUCGAUCGCAUUGCGAUGAUGCUGCCUUCACACUGGCUCGACUGGCUGUCUAAUCCACCAUAUAUCAACGUUGAUCUCGAAUGGCCUACACCAUCUUCAGCCUCGCUUAGGCAAGCGCACGACACACUCAAUCGGCUCAUCACUUCCAAUACCAUCUACCACCUCGACACGAACGCGCUCCUUGAACGGCUUCGUCAUGCCAACGGCUGGCCUGAAGACAGCAACGAUGAACAGUUUGCGAGCGAGAUUUUGCUGGAUGGCAGGAGACUGGCUUGGCUCCACGAUGCCGGGCAUUGCUACGUGACCUAUCCGGCAGUCUACUGUCGGCUACGACAUCCGUACCUCGUCGCGCAGGUGCAAUCGACGCUGCUCAAUCCUUGGGAGGCACUGCUGGCGUAUGAGCUGGACUAUCUACGUCACGCACACGCCCUUCUCCGCCUCCUGGGACGUCUGUCCUCUCAACAGCUCAGCGACUUUCCGCUGUCGCUCGAGGACCUCCUCGCCGAGUCCGCGAGGCAGAGCCUUCCCUUUCCCCCUCCUCCUCCUCCAACGCCUGGCUCUAACAUUCUUCCACACGGCCUCGAUCCCACCAAGCUCGCUACCUACUACCAACACUUCGCCUACGUAGCCUUCCUCGAGCUUUCCUCGCACACCCUGCAACCCGAGUUCCAAGCCCGGAUCGACCGGCUGGAGCGUUUCCAACAAAAGCUUCACACCCAACGUCAAUGUCUCCAAAACGACCACCCAGCUAUCGUCGUGCCAGCCUUCCAUCGCGAGGCUGUCGACUGGGUAGCCAACGAUGCAGCCUACACCCUGCGUACUAGGACCUUCGUCAACGCCACCAGGAUGCGCCACAAUGCUUGCACCUGGUCACUCGAACGGCUGCCCGUCCUCGACGACGACCAACGAAACCCAGAAGCCGCACACUCCUCACUCCACCACGCGGUCUCAUUCAUCUCGACUCCCCAGCAUGCACAAGACGUGCAACUCGACGCCCUUCGCGCCGCUCGCGUUCACCACUACAACAUUCUUGCAGAUGCGCUCUGGUUCUCCCCCAACGGCUUGCCCAGCGUGCGAUGGCACUGGAACGAAGGUGGCAGCUGGACAUGGACGUGGGAGGGCCGCGUCGAGGAGCAGUGGCGAGAGCGGAUCACGCAGCAAGUCCAGGACGUGAUGAAGGUGUUGGCCAAAGACUACCAGCGGCCCGGUGUGGGUGGCGAGCGCACGGAGAAAGAGGUGCAGGGUAUGGAAGACGGGAAGCUCCUACCGCUGGCUUCGCGGCGUGAUGCGGCUGAGCUCCUGUGGCGUUGGCCGCGGCUGACGAGUAGGAUGGAUUGUAAGAUAAGGUAUCAGGGUCGAGAUGGAGAUGGGGGCGAGGCUUUGCCAUAG